ACCAUCCAAUGGAAGCAGUACCAGCCUGGGCCCCAGCAGUGGGUUUCACACUCCUGCCCCAUGCAGGAGGAUUUUUAGGAAGCAAGAUAACCAGAAAGGAAAUCCCAUUGUGGUAUGAUUCUCUACAGAAGCCAUCCUGGUGUCCACCUAACUGGGUAUUUGCUCCUGUUUGGGGAACUCUCUAUACAUCUAUGGGAUAUGGCUCCUACCUGGUGUGGAAGGAACUGGGAGGCUUGAGUGAAAAGUCAGUGGUUCCUCUGGGUCUGUAUGCAGGGCAGCUGGCAUUAAACUGGGCAUGGACUCCGGUAUUUUUUGGAGCUCACAAAACAGGAUGGGGGUUGGUGACUCUUCUGCUCACAGCUGGUACUGCAACAGCUACAACUGCUUCCUGGUAUAACAUCAACAAAGCAGCAGCUUAUUUGAUGGUUCCUUAUUUAGCUUGGCUAACCAUGGCUUCUGCACUCAAUUAUCGUAUCUGGAAGGACAAUCGCAACAAGAAACAACCUGAAUAAAGUUAUCAGCCAAAAAGAUUUUUUUUUUUUACACAAGAAUUUUCUAAAUAAAAUUAUGGCCUUAUUUUUUUUUCGUUGAACUACUUAGA